UGUGUGUCACUGUAUGUUUCUAGAGUGUGCAUGUGUUUGUGUGUCUAUUUUCACCUGCUGUGUUCCCACACACAAUUAUGCUGCCAGUAAAACAGAGAAAGGCACGGAAGGUUCUGUCACUCUUAGUUAUUCAUCGACCAGCAUCAUGAUUGGAAGACUUGUUUUUCUGGGACUCCUGCUCAUCUGCGUGGCUGCAGACGCCGAGGAGGACUCUGGAUUCCUGAGAAAGCCUUCCUGUCCUGACAUGGAGGAGAUCAUGGCGUGCCCCCUGAACCUCGCUCCUGUGUGCGGCAGCGACGGAAACACUUAUGCCAACGAGUGUACCCUGUGUGUCCAGAGACAAACAACCAAGAUGAACAUUUUGAUUGCUAAAGAGGAGAGCUGCUGACCUGAGCAGGGGAUGAUGUCAUCGCUCUGAGAACCAAUCAGGAUCUGAUUAUGGACCUUCCUGUGGAUCUGUGAAACAACACUUCCUCAAUAAACAAUACAUGUAUUUCAGCAUUAAAUUAGAUUCUGUUAAUUUCUUAUCAAUAAAGUAUACAACAAAUCAU